AGAGAGUGCUGAUGUUAUUGAUAAGCUAUCUGUCAUAAUCGAGUUCACGGUGUUUUGGAUCAAAUUAUCGGAACAUAUUUUUAUUUUUUUUAUUUUUAAUAAAAUUAAAAAUCUGGCAAAUAGCAGAUAUGUAAUGGAGCAGACUGUACGUAUAUGUAUACAUAUAUAUAUUCACUAUGGAAAUCACUCGAAUUUCCAGAGUACGAACAAAGCAUCUCAGAGCACUAUAACCUCCCUUUGUUCCACAGACUACAUGUAAACAGAAUAUGAAGCUCAAGCAUUGCUGAUCCAUUGCAGAGAAGAAGAAGGGAUUGAUUGAGAGGGAAAUGGAAUUUUCUGCGAAAUCUGUUGACGAAGUGGUGGCAGAGAUCAUGAGAAUUCACAGAUCUUUGCCGGCGAGACCUGGAAUCGAUGAGAUUGAAGCUGCGAAGACAUUGAUACGAAAUGUGGAGAAGGAAGACCAGUCGAGACUGGAGGCCAUUGCGAGGCAGACGAAGAGCACCGAGGUGCCCCAAGAGCUGUUCAUGGUGUUGCAAGAGAUGCAGAAGAAUUUGGUUUAUUAUCAAAGCAAAGAACAGAAGAGGGAGGCUAUGAAAUUGCUCGAUCUCGAGAAUGUCCACUCGCUGUUCGAUGAUUUGAUUCAGAGAGCUUCGAAAUGUGUCCCCUCCGGCUCAAAUUCUCACCAAUCCAGUUACUUUGGCGCUUCCACUUCGUCCAUGAAUUCGAGCAGUCUGCCUUCGACGAAUUCAGCCUCGUUUUCUGGUGGUGGUUUCGACUCAUCUGUUGCUUCUGCUACUACUUCUACUACCACUUCGUCGAGUUUAUAUCAGGACAAAGAACCUGUUAAAUCUUCGGAAUUGUUCACUAGAGAUGACACUUAUUUGAAGAAAGCAAAGGCCUCAUUCUACGGUGAUGGAAUUGGCGGUGGACUUCGAUCUAGCGAUUUGUCUAAACCCCAGAUCUUGGAUUCGACUCUAAAACCUCCCAGCAUUUUAGGUGUAGAUGGUGAGAAAUUGAGUCUAAUAAAGCUCGCUAGUCUGAUUGAAGUAUCUUCGAAGAAAGGCACUCGGGAUCUCAAUCUUCAGAACAAAUUGAUGGACCAAGUGGAUUGGCUCCCUGAUUCUAUAGGGAAGUUAUCGAGUUUGAUCACCCUAGACUUGUCUGAGAAUCGGAUUGUGGCCUUACCAGCCACGAUUGGAGGGCUUUCGUCGUUGACAAAAUUGGAUUUGCAUUCAAACAGGAUAAGUGAACUCCCAGAUUCAAUUGGAGAUCUUCUUAGCCUAGUCUUUUUGGACCUGAGGGCUAAUCAGUUAAUCUCUCUGCCUCCUACAUUUGGCCGAUUAGUCCGUCUUGAGGAGCUUGAUUUGAGCUCAAAUCAUCUCUCUGUGCUCCCUGAGCCCAUUGGAUCUCUUGCAAGCCUCAAGAAAUUGAGUGUGGAGACUAAUAACAUCGAAGAACUUCCACACACAAUUGGUCAUUGUUCUUCACUCAGGGAGCUUCAUGCUGACUAUAACCGUCUUAAAGCCCUUCCAGAAGCUGUAGGGAGAAUUGGAUCUCUGGAAAUUCUGUCUGUGCGUUACAAUAACAUCAGGCAAUUGCCUACCACGAUGUCGUCCCUAUCAAGCUUGAGGGAGCUCAAUGUAAGUUUCAACGAACUUGAGUCUGUGCCUGAGAGCUUAUGCUUUGCCACUACACUUGUUAAGAUGAACAUUAGCAACAAUUUUGCCGACUUACAAUCACUACCGAGGUCUAUUGGAAACCUUGAGAUGCUUGAAGAGUUGGAUAUUAGCAAUAACCAGAUACGAGUUCUUCCAGACUCCUUUAGGAUGCUAACUAGACUACAUGUUUUACAUGUGGAGGGAAAUCCUCUGGAAGUUCCGCCAAGAAGUGUAGCUGAAAUGGGUGCAGUGGAAGCUGUCCAGUAUAUGGCUGAACUUGUUGCAAAGAAGGACAUAAAAUCACAGCCAGUUAAGCCGAAGAAAACGUGGGCUCAGAUAUGCUUCUUCUCUAGGUCUAACAAACGGAAGCGCAAUGGUAUGGACUACGUGAAAGCUUGAUUUGUAGCAGUUACCAAAAAUUGCAUUAUUAUAGCGGCUGACGAAACUGAGCUGUCAGUAGGUUGGAAAAAGCUGCGAUCUCAGUGGAACCUUCUGUCAACACUUCAAGAAGGCACUAGCUUUUCAGAUAUGGUUCUGAUCCUUCUUCUCAAAUUGUAAAUUUUAUUUUUAUCUAAUUUCUCCCAUUCUCUAUUUUAUUUCACUUGUAUUUGUUGUGUUCAUGAUCUAAAAUGAGUUGUAUAAUUGACUUCCUACGGCAAAAAGGGGGUUCAAAGAUGUUGUAUGCAAUAUCCCUCAAUGUUCAUGAAGUAUGAGUUUACCA